CUGCGAAGCUUCCAACACUAUACGCUGCAAGUGGAAGAUGUUAGUCUCCACUUUAUACGCGAGCGAGCCGAUGCAGUCGCAGAGGCCUCUGGCCGUCCCCCACUCUUGCUCCUUCAUGGAUGGCCAGGCCACUUGAUGGAAUUUUCCAAGGUCAUCAAACCUCUUGCGCAUCCAGGUGCCACGGCUCCGCUAACGGUCCCAGCGUUCGACGUUGUCGCUCCAUCACAUCCUGGCUAUCUUUUCUCCUCUUACAUUCAAUCCCACGAGUCCAAAAUAUGCGGCCGAGUGCAGGGAAAUCACUCAGGUCCUGACGGCGAUCUGCUCAUAAAGGACGUUGCCAGGCUGAUGGACAAGCUGAUGUGCAGUAUCGGCUACGCGACGACCGGCUACGUCGUUCAGGCUGGCGAUUGGGGCUCGAUGGUCGCAAGGCAGAUCGCUGUCCUCUUUCCCCAGCCACACCGUUUGUUGCACUUUGUGCUCGGCUUUCCAUCGCCGCUCAGUGAGAACGAAAAAAAUGGAAUUCGGCGGGCGAUUGAGUUCCAGAGUAACGGAAGUGCGUACGCUCAAUUUCAUUCCACGAGGCCAGCUACGCUUGGGCUGGUCAUGCAACACAGCCCUCUGGCAUUGCUUGCUUGGAUCGGCGAAAAGUUCCUUGCAUGGACGGAUGAAGAAUCGUAUACGCACAGCCCCGAAGACGCUGAGAUCCUUGCAUCUUUGACACUCUGGUGGUGCACUGGCACGAUGGCCCGCUCCUUGUAUCCCUACAGAAACCGUCCUGCAACUGGUGUUUCCGCUGCCAUCUCGAGGCCGGAAAACUUUAUCAAGGCUCCAACUGGCUACAGCAACUCUCCUUACGAAUUAAUCCCUACUCCAAAAGAAUGGGUGGCGUCGACUUGCAACUUGAAAUGGCACAGAGAGCAUCCAGAUGGCGGGCAUUUUUUUGCCAUGGAGAAACCCGUGCGCUUCGUUUCGGACAUGCAAGACUGUUUUGGGAAAUUGUGGAAGCGUUGA